CACUAGGAUUGGUGUCAACAAAGUUUUAAAAAAUUAAUUAAUUUAGAGUUACACUGUAAUUAAGGCUUACAUACGCAUAUGUAAUUAAAAUCACUCGCUCUCUGCAUGUUUGAAGUACAGUUGUAUAAGUUCACAUGGGAGACACAGGUGUAUCAACAAUGGAAAAGACCGAACAUUUGAAAGAAAUGUUAGAAAUCCAAGUUUCUGAAGUGGAGUUUUUGGGAAGCAUGUAUUGUAACCCUGGGGAGUUUACAUUGGAUGAUGAGGACUCCAUAGUGCAAAUACAAGAGUUUCUUGAUGGAAAUGUUGACUAUGAAUUCCUUUCCGCAAGAAUUGGUCUGACUAUAAACCUUGAAAUUGAAGCUGAAAAUGGAGAAAAGGGGCAGAUGGAGUUAGUAUGCCAGUUGCCACAUGAAUAUCCUGCAGUUCAGCCCAAUGUGUUCAUCCGCUCAAAACAGCUCAGCCGCACCAGCCAACAACAACUCAGGGAGGACAUCGCAUCUUUCAUUGAUACUCUAGAUCUUGGAGAAACUAUGAUUGGAAGCAUUGUUCAAUUUCUACAAGACAAUGCCAGGAGCUACCUCGACCAAGAGUCAACAGAUGGCGCUAGUGUGAAGCAAUCAAAAAAUGCUCAAAAGGAAGAUACAACAUUUACAAGAAUUUGGAUUUAUAGUCAUCAUAUUUAUAGUAAAAGUAAACGAAGGGAUAUUAUCAAUUGGGCCUCUGAGUUAGAGUUAGUGGGAUUUUCUAUGCCAGGAAAGCCAGGAGUUAUAUGUGUUGAGGGGUAUAGUCGCAAUGUUGAAGAAUAUUGGCAGAGAUUAAGAAAUCUUAACUGGAAGCGUUUACAAAUCAAGGAAAAGGAGGAUAUUCCGAUUGAAAAUGAUGAUAAAAAAGUGUUGCAUAAAUUUGAUGUUUUUGAAGAGAAAGAAUUUAAUUGUCAUGGUGAUCGAAACUACCACAUGGACCUUGGUUUAUUGAGGACGUUUAUGGAGGAACACAAUUGUGGUCACAUGUUUCAUAUUUAUUUUGGUGUUGGGAAUGAAUGAUGUUACUAUGGAAACCCUUUUAACAUUACUUUAACAGUACAGUAAAACCUGUCUUAUCAGAAUGCCAAUGGGACCAGCCAAAAGUAUUUGGAUUAGCAGGUGUUCUCAGUUCAAGGUUUUCCCAAUAUUUGAAUCCAUGGAAAAGGUGUUCACAUUGAGAGAUGUUUGGAUGAGAGGGGUGUUUGGAUGAGAGAGGUGUUUGGAUAUACAGGUUUU